AUGUUCAGAUCCAAGGAAGUGAGCAGCUUAAAGUCGGUACAACAUCUCCUGGAUUAUGACAAAUCGGACGCUGACUAUCUCUCCGAGGAGGUAAAGAGCCCGACCGUUCAAAAGCAGCUGAGUCAGAAGAAGAAGAAGGACUACAAUGCGAAAACGAUUCCUACGAAGAUUGAGCGAAAGCGCCAAAAUCCCGAGAAAAAAGUGAAAUCCAAAAGUAUGACCUAUUUUGUGUUCUAUCCCCUUUUCAUCCUCUACCCCUUUUUCUAUAUGUGGUUGUGGUCGAUCAUUUUGCCUGAUUACUCGAUUCACAAUCAAAACUCGCACAUCUCAACAUCACGUCUUCCGUCGGACAUCGACGUGAACUCCGAAGCCAUUUCGGGGCUUUUGGAAGAUCUUCAAGUCGCAUUGUUUCGAUUGAUCCAUCGGUCGGUCCAAGGGAUCCGCUAUUUCUGGCUCUCUUGUUUCGACCCCAACUCCAUCCGCUCCUUUUUCGUCGGUCUCCUAACGCUCUUCAUGUGGGUGCUGGGCGUGCUUCGCUCCUUUUUCCACCUCUGUUUCUCCAUUUUUCGUGGCGAUUUCCACAUCUCCGAGCUCUUGGAGCCCUCCAAUUCGCGCUACAAGCGAUGGCAGGAGUGGGAGCAGCACAUCAACUCGCUGCUGCAGUCCUAUCUGGGCACGCUGGAAGCGAACCGUCCGCCCACGAUCUUCAACAAGAGCAGCACGCCGAUCGAAGUGGAGGAAAGCUUCGCCGCUUCGCUGCUGACCAAGCCCAUGCUCGGCUACCCCCUCGAGGAAUACUCCGUCCACACCGUCGAUCGCUACUGCCUCGUUCUCUUCCGCAUUCCUCGCCCCGAGUCGCGGAGAGUCGUGUAUUUUCAGCACGGCGUGAUGGACACCGCGCUCGCCUGGGUCUCCGACAAGCCCUCGCUUUCCUUGGCCAUCCAGGCCUACCAGCAGGGCUACGACGUGUUUUUCGGGAGCUUCCGCGGGACGGACGGGCAUUACGCGAGCGACCGGAAGCGCCACGAAGUGCUGGACGUGAGCGACGCGCACUACUGGGACUACAACAUCGACGAUUUGACGCUGGAUUACCGCGCGUUUCUGGAGAGCAUCUACGUGAUCAAGGAGCAGGAACGCGCGGCGAAGCAGAACGCGGAGCUCGCCGGGAGCAGUGAUUACUCGGUGCAGUUCAAACGCGAGAUCAUGAACACCGAGUACCGCAAUCUGAACGAGUCGGAGCUGCAUCGCCGCUACACGCUCCACGCCGUCUCUCACUCCAUGGGCGGCGCCGUGACGCUCGCCUACAUCGCGCUCUCUCAUCUCACCCACACUGCACACCAUCUCUCCAACGUCGUUCUGCUCUCCCCUGCGGGAUUCCUCGCCGACCAGUCGUGGAUCGUCCGCGUGCUCAACCGCGUCUCUCCGCUCCUCUUCACCGAGCGGUCGCCGCCCACCGCGUUCCCCACGCGCUCGUCUCGCGUCCAUCUCCUCGUCGCGAAGCUUUUGCAGGACAUGCAGACCACGCCCGCGACUCUGGAGCUCGUCAAUCAGAUCUGCGCCAUGGUGAUUGGCGGAGAACCGCGGGACUGGCCGUUCCAGAAGGUGAACUACACGAAGUACCCGCUGGGCGUGACGUCGCUGUACGUGAUGCUGCAAUUCCGGCAGUGGUAUUGCCGCGAUGCGUUCACGUCGUUCGAUUACCCGGGAAAUGGGAACGAAUUGCGGUACGGGCAGAGAGAGCCGGUGCGGUAUACGGACUUUUAUGAGCAGUUCGAUGUCCCGAUUCAUUUCAUCGCGGGGAAACACGAUAGUAUCGUGCCGUCGACGCAGGUGUUCCGGCAUUACACGAAGUUGCUGCCGGUACUGGGCAAGAGAACGUCGUAUGUGGAGUUCGAGAACGCGGGACAUUUGCAGUUUACGAUCGGUCUGGAUCACGAUGUGAUCUCGUAUGUGUUGUAUCGGCUGAAUUUGGGGGAGAAGGAAGGGUAUCAUGGACUGAAGACCGAGAAGAAGGAGCCGCAGAGGAAAUUUGGAUACACGAAUGUGGAUACGUCGAAUCGGUCGUAUCUCACGCUUUCUUGGAGUGUUUGUUGGAAACGGAGAAGGGAAUGGGGAGUGGAAAUGUUUGUUUUGUAUUCUAAUUCUUCAUUAUUUUAG